AUGCCGAACAACGGGCAAGUCGCACUCGUAGUAGGAGCCUCCAGAGGCAUAGGACGUCAGGUCGCUAUAGACCUGGCGAAAAAAGGCUACAAGGUGGUUGUAGCCGCCAAAACAACCUCAAAUGCCGCAGAACUCAAAUCAUUCCCUCCCGACCCAAACUCAUCACGAUCCACGAUAAGCACUGUAGCGCGCGAGAUAAAUGAUGCCGGUGGAGAAGCCACAGCAGUGCCUGUAGAUACGCGCGACUUUGCGAGUGUUCAACGAAUGGUUGAGCAGGCAAUCUGCGCGUAUGGCGGGCUCGACGUUCUCGUAUACAAUUCUGGAGCGAUAUGGUGGGCCAGUGUGGAAGAUACGCCCAUGAAGAGGUUCCAGUUAAUGCAGCGAGUCAAUGUGGAAGGCUUAUAUGGCACAGUCCAGGCUGUACUGCCCCAUUUCGCCAAUAAUAGCUGGAAAGGCAGAAUUAUUGUCGUUAGCCCGCCGAUCUACUCUAGGUUCUUCAGAGGCAAGACGGCUUAUGCUAUGGGCAAAGUCGGCAUGUCUAUUUUGACAAAGGGACUCGCCAUGGACUGGAUACGCCAAGGCAAAAAUGACAUGGCAAUCACCAGUAUCUGGCCUGCCGCUGCCAUACAGUCUGCUGCGACGGCAGAUCCAGCUAUUCAGAAGGAGUUACGCAAAGCUACAAUAUUUUCGGACGCGAUCCUUGCUAUGCUGGCAGCCCCAGCUGCCGAAGUGAACGGAUGUCUUGAGCUUGACGAAGACUACCUUCGUAGCAAAGGCAUCACUGACUUCAGCCAAUAUGCCCUCUUCCCAGGUGCAUCUCCAAGACGCAUCAUGCCAGUCAAGCUCCCAGAUCUUACAGUAGCCGAACAGGACGAUGAAGGCCAUAGAAUAGACAGUGCCAGGUCUCGCGCGUCAAGAUUGUAG